AUGGGUUCCUUUAAUUCUACCCAGAAACAUAUAACACCCAAGGUCAAAGUCCUAGAUGGCGGACCAGCAUCUUCCACCAAGGAUUUGGAAGCAGCUACCGAUGAGAGACCAGGCUUCUUUGGACGCAGAGGCAAACGAGUCGCCGUCAUUGUGACCGCCCCGUUUGACAAGUCCUCUGGACAGAUAGUUCCGAUACCCGAGGGCACAUGUUCCCUGAUUAACUGGGACAGCCGGGACCGCAGUGCUUUGCCGAGACUUAUCUCGCGGCGCACCUAUAGCCCGUACUCCGCGCUCUGUCUCAUGGACAGUAGUAAAUGGGACGACAACUCAUUGACCCUAAGGGAGCGAUUCGCCGGUGAAAAGUUCUGGGAUUACCCUAACUUUCCAACAAAACCGCCAUUUUCCAGUAACGAUGCGAGCGCCGGCGAUACCGUGCCGGUCGUCUGCAAUGCAGGCAGGGUGUGGAAACCCAGGGAGAUCGAAGCGAUAGACGCUGGACAAGAGUACUUUCGGCUAGAUUUGAGCGACGAGGAGAUGGCAGAGCUACAUAAGUUCGUCUCACGGAUCUCGAAAUACCAGCAGAAAUGUCUUGACCUUGUCCUCUUCCUCGCCUACCCGAUCCUGGCUCCUUCAAAAAUGGCAUUCGGGUUUCUUUGGAAGCGCAUGUCGUUAUUUUUGCAGGCUUACUGCCCGGGACUCUACUGGUGCUUGACGGUUGACCUAACGUUUGCCGCAACGGAUGCCGAUAUUGAUAUGCUACCGUUAGCCACUGUUGGUGUCGGCGGUGGGAUAGUGAAUUAUAUGAAAGGCGUUGGGUUCAGGCAAGGUAUCGCAGGAUGA